CAGCUAUGUCCAUUCAGGAGCUCUUUGUUGCUGCAGCUCGUAAAUGUCUGUGUGUUAGCAGAAAAUCUCUCUCCGUUCCCCAGAGCCUGGACCUGGCCGCACAGGUCUCAGCUGUCGAUUUGGGGCUAAAACCCACUCUGCUGUACGACAGUAACGGCGCCAGUUCAGAGCAGGUGCAGCAGUAUUUGAGCUCUUUGCAGUUUUCCCAGCUUGUGUCUAAAUCACUUCUCACAUUGGAUUUAAAUGGAAACAGUCUUAUUGUCAAUCCAGUUACAGUCAGAUCAAAUCUAGAGCUGGUGCUUCGUGGCAGCGGUGUGGCUGCGAUCGACAUCUGCCCCUCGCUGGAGAGGCCGACCAUCACUGACCUGCUCAGAGGAGAGAUGAAGAGCACGAUACAAGAUUUACUGCUUCUUCUGAGGGAGUCUGAACAACUGAAGGAGGCUGAGAAACCUCUUUAUGUUGGAGAGAAAUGUGAAGAAUGGAACCUGUGCACCGUCUUCGGCCUUCUGUUGGGUUACCCUGUCACAUACUGGUUCGAUCAGACCAAAAGCUUUGAAAACUGUUUGUCCAUGGCUCCCCUGAUGGUGACUACAGCUGCAGCAACAUGGCAGGCAGAGGCCACAGGUCACAGAUGUUGUCUGUACUCUUUCAGCGUCCCAGCUGUUCUGCUUAAAGAGACGCAGUCCAACCUGGAGGACUGGAACCUUCGAUUACAAGAAAGAUUUCAGCAGCAAAAUGUCCUCAUGGAUCUCAUUGUUUGUCAAACCACAGUAACUCUGCCCUCAGUCUGUUUGUGAUGCUAAUACAAGUUUGUCUUUAUGAUAACCUGUUAAAAAGUAUGUGAGUGUACUUUAUUACUCCAUUAAACUUGGUCAAAACA